AUGGAUGAAGAGUACAGACUUAUCGAACAGGAACGAAACACUUUGGAGCACGCUAUACGUCGAGAGGAUGAGGGAUACAGGAUUAUUGAACAGGAGCGAAACACAUUGGAACAUGCUGUACGAAGAGAGAAUAACGAAUAUAGGCUCAUUGAACAGGAGAGAAACACGUUGGAACAUGCUUUACGAAGAGAGGAUAAUGAAUAUAGACACAAUGAACAGGAACGAAACACUCUGGAACACGCUAUACGUCGAGAGGAUGAGCACUACAGGCAAAGAGAAAGGGCGCGUGAUGCAUUGCAGCAUUCACAAAGGAGAGAAAACUUUGAACAACGAGUACUUGAACAGGUAAGAAACACAAGGGAACACGCAGAACGGCGCGAAGAUUCUCAGUAUAGAGAAGCUGAACGUCAACGUGAUGCAAUUUCCCAUAGAAUAAGAAGAUCUAAUUUAGUAUAUCGGACGUUAGAACAAAACACAAACACCACAAGAAGACGAUCAGCUAGACUUAACAUUGACUACAGAACUAUUGAACAAACUCGGGAUACUACACAGCGUCGUGAAGCCCGACAAUUAGCUCGAAUACAAGAACAUGACUUAAACCGACUUAGAAAUUGUAGAGUUCGAUUACAUAGAACAAACACCGACAAUCGUACAAGGGGAAAUGCUCGACAGGCUGCCAGAAACAUACAAAUGCGAGAAAAUAUGUCACCAGAAUCAAGAAUUGAACAUCUAACAUUAGAUUCACAAAGACAUAUUGACAGAACUCUACAGGAUUUCAAUAGAAAUAUAAAGAAUGGUCCGACUGAUAUCUGUGUAUGUUGUGGAGGUCUUUGGUUUCCUAACCAAAUUAAAUUAUUAAACCGAGAUGUUUUUUUAAGAAGAUUCUCAAAUUUAUCCGAGGUAUUCUUUUUGUCCGAAGAAUUUCCGUCCGAUAGUAAUAUUUAUAAGUUUUGCAACACUUGUUAUAAAGUUGCUAAUAGCGGUAAAGUUCCAACCAUAUGUCUGUCUAAAGGUUUACAUUUCCCAAAAAUUCCCGAUGAGUUAAAAGAUUUAACUCCUUUAGAAGAACGUUUUGUUGCUCCAAGAAUACCUUUUAUGAGAAUAGUUUCACUGGGAUAUAAUCGUCAAUGUGCUAUAAGGGGAGCUGUUGUUAACGUUCCAAUUUCUUUGGACAGAACAGUUGAUGUUUUACCAAGAACUUUCGAUCAGACGGAAGUUAUUCAGGUACAUCUCAAAAGAAGACUGGAAUUUAAUCACAGCUUUAUGACAGAAACGAUUAGACCUGGUCAAAUUUUGUCAGCUGCUCGUUAUUUGGUUAACACUGAGUUAUAUAGAGCACAUGGUGUUACAAUUUCAGAGCAAUGGUUAAACAGUAUCGGACCAAAUGAGGAAGUUCCUUUUAUUUCGAACACAGGAGACCAAGAAUUAGUUCAACGAUUAAUUCAAGAUAAUUUCGACGCAGACGAUGUUACUGAGCUAAACCCUCAAGAGACUCUAAUUGACAACGACCCAAUAGAAAAUAUGCCACUCAGUAGGAUUGCAAUAGCUCCAGGAGAAGGCCAACGCCCUUUGGAUUUGAUUUUGGACAAAGACUCUGAAGAGUUGUCAUUUCCUUCAAUAUAUUGUGGUGUAAAACGAACUUGUACCGCCACAAUUGGAAAAGUUAUAAGGUCAGAAGCUAGACGUUAUGACAGACGAUGUGCUCGUGUGGACAAAGUAUUGUACUCAUAUAAAAAAUUAGAGUUAUCCAAACUAAAGAGCAAUAUUUCUACUUGUCUAAGAAAAAAAAUUGGACAUAGUAGUUACACGGCAAGAGACGUUUUAGAUGACAACUUUGUUCAAAAUUUAAUACAACAUGAUGAAGGCUAUCAUAUUCUUAAAGGAAUUCGGUCAUCACCAGCACAUUGGGAAGGAGAGAAAAAGAAAGUCUUGGCAAUGAUUAGACAAUUUGGUUUGCCCACUUUCUUUAUAACAUUGUCAGCCGCAGAAUCUCAGUGGCCCGAACUCUUGGUAAUUUUAGCCAAAAUAGUUGAAAAUAAAACUAUUUCAGAAGAAGAGGCAAUAAAUUACACCACCCAACAAAAGUAUAACUUAAUUCGUUUGGAUCCUAUUACCUGUUCUCGAUACUUUGAUCAACGGAUUCGUCAUCUGUUUAAACAUUUCAAAGUUAACGGUGGAGUUUUCGACGAAUAUAAAGUUAUUAAAUUUUAUUGGAGGAUAGAAUUCCAGCAAAGAGGUUCACCCCAUGUGCAUGGAAUAUAUUGGAUUGAAAACUCUCCUCAAUUAAAUAUAUCCGAUCAGAAUUCCUUUCCAGCAGUAAUCAAUUUUAUUGAUAGGUUCAUUUGUACGGACUCUACUAUUGACGACGUAAAAGACUAUAUUACUUAUCAACAGCACAAUCACAGCAGAUCCUGUCAACGAGAAAUUCGUGGUAAAAAAUUCUGCAGAUUUGGAAUACCACAUCCACCACUACUGAAUACCGAAAUUUUGCUACCACUUCCUGAAGAUAUAAGUCCAGACGAAACUAGAAGACAUAUAAACAAUUUUGAAAAUAUUCAAGAUUUGCUGAAUGCAAAGUUAACCUGUUUGGAAGAAGAGGAAUUGAAUUCACUUGAAAGAUUUUUAUCUGAUGAAAGAAUAAAUAUAUCACACGAGGACUAUAUAUUGGCAUUAAGAUCAUCAUUAAAACAGCCAAAAAUAUUUUUGAAGAGAUCCUUUAAAGAUAGACAUAUAAAUGCAUUCAAUUCCAAAAUCUUAUCGAUGCAAAGGGCAAAUAUGGAUAUUCAAUUCGUCAUGGAUGCAUAUGCAUGUGUUAGUUAUAUAGUUAACUAUAUUAAUAAAUCUAACCGGGGAGUAUCCAGGAUAUUACAAGAAGUUAUGGAAGAAAUUAGAGCUGGAAAUUUGUCAAUAAAGCAAAGACUUCAACAUAUCGGAAAUAAAUUCAUUUCCGCAUCAGAAGUUUCAGCUCAAGAAGCUUCUUAUAAUAUUUUGGGUAUGCAUUUAUCUCAGUGCAGUAGUUUGGAGGUUUACAUUAAUACCUAUGUUCCUGAAAAAAGAGUUCGAAUGUUAAAAUCAAGAACUGAACUGGAAAGAAUUUCAUCUGAAUCUACAGAUAUUUUUCAAUCAAACAUUCUUGAUCAUUAUGUUCAACGGCCUGAUGUACUAAGUGAUAUAUGUUUGGCCUAUUUUGCAGCGUACUACAAGUUUUCGAAAUCAAUUCGUAAUACCCGAUAUCAAGAAGGGGAGGACGACUAUAUUGAGGAUGAUAUUGAAAUAACCGAUGAAGUUGGCAUUCCCCUUCGGUUAAGAAAUAAUUCAGGGUACGUAUCGAAAAGAAAACACGCUGCAAUAAUACGAUUUCCAUCAUUUAAUGCCGAUGUGACUAGAUCAGACUAUUUUCGAUCAUUGGCGAUGCUUUAUUUGCCAUGGAGAAAUGAACGUGAAGAACUUCUAGACAAUAAUAAUGAAGAAACUUGCAACAUCCAUAAAGUAACAAUUGAGCAAAACAGAGUUCAAUUUGAAAUUUUUAAGGAGGGUGAACUAGAAGAAAUUAUUCAACAAGUUCAUUCAGAGGUAAAUGAUAUUGAAAAUAAUCUUAAUGACAACACAGCAGCUACUCAAUUGUUAGAUGAUGAGUUUAGAGCACUGGCUGUUCCGGAAAUCGAUAACAAUGUCAACAUUAUUAACAUCGAAAAUAACAUACAUAAUGACAGUAUUGACCAUAACCAAGAUAUUCUCUUAAUUCGUUUGCCACCGUUGAUCAGCGAAAUGGAUUUACAAACCUCAAUUCGUAGCCUUAACUGUAAACAGCGCAUGUAUCUUCAGCAUUUAUUACAAAAUGUUGUUGAAAGUGUGUGUUUUUACGAAUAUAUUGGUGGAGGGGCUGGCGUAGGUAAAAGCAGAUUAAUUAAAACUAUUUACCAAUCUGUUACACAUAGAUUAAACUCUAUUCCUGGCGCAAAUCCCGACUUACCAAAGGUGUUGUUAACUGCGCCAACUGGAAAGGCUGCGUUUGGCAUUGGAGGAUAUACGCUACAUUCACUAUUCUCUUUGCCGAUAAACCAAUUCUCUGGUGACGUACGACCUUUAAGUAGCGAUAUGGUAAACACUUUAGUUGCAAAAUUUAUGCAUUUAAAAGUCAUUAUAAUUGAUGAAAUAUCAAUGGUUGGGUCAAGAAUGUUGGGAUAUCUUGACUCAAGAUUAAAGCAAAUUUUCAAGACUACUCAACCAUUUGGUGGUAUGUCGAUUUUGGUAUUCGGAGAUCUGAAGCAACUUCCACCUGUAGGAGAUAAAUGGAUUUUUAGCUCAAAUUCUUCAAAUCCAUAUGGAACGAUUGCUGGAGGUGCAUUGUGGGACUUAUUCAGAUUUUAUGAAUUAACGGAAAUAAUGCGACAAAGGGAAGAUUUAAGUUUUGCACAAGCUUUAAAUAAUAUGGCUGUGGGACAAAUGACAACAGAAAAUAUUGAACUUAUUCAAUCCAGAGUUGUCAAUUCUAGUGAUAAUAUACCAUCCGAUGCAAUUCAUCUUUUUGUAUCUAAUGCUGAAGCUGAACUUCAUAAUGCUUUAAGAUUAAGCAGAAUAACAACCGAAGAAUUUACAUCUAAAUCAUUCGAUAUAGUAAAAUCGGAUUGUUUAUCUGCUCAAAGAAAAAGGAGUUUAUUGAAUUCUGUUCAUUUUCGUCAAAUGAAAACUUCCGAGACCCAAGGGUUGUGUUUUGAAUUAAAAUUAAAGACAACAGCCAAAUAUAUGAUGACUGUCAAUAUUAAUACCAAUGACGGUCUUGUCAAUGGAGCAUCCGGAGUUUUAAUGGAAAUUGAUUUUCAGGGAGAAUCCAGAAACCCAACAACACUUUGGGUGCUUUUCUCAGACGAAAAUGUUGGUGUUGAAGCUCGACGCAAGAAACCUCAUGCUACAGAAUCACUUUGGACUCCUAUCGAAAAGUGUGUAAGAACCUUCCAGUAUAAACAAAAUCGUCAAAUUACUAUUGAGAGAAAACAAUUUCCUUUAGUAGUAGCAGAAGGUAUCACUAUACACAAAAGUCAAGGAGCAACGUAUUCCAAGGUUGUUGUUCAUACGCGAGGUAGAAUGUUGAGGUCUGCAUUAUACGUUGCAUGUAGUAGAGCAACUACGGCAUCAGGAUUGUAUAUAAUGGAAAAUUUUAACCCACCAAGACCAUUUGAAGAUAGUGAUCCAGUAAAGUUAGAGCUUGAAAGAUUACGCACAGAGAAAAUGUUGCAACUAAAGCAUCAGUUUAUGAUUAAUGAUGAGUUUGAGUUAAAAAUAUUUUAUCAAAAUAUUCAAAGCUUACAAGCUCAUUAUCUGGAUAUUACAACAGAUAAUACCAUUUUAAAUUGUGACAUUAUCUGCUUUGUUGAAACUUGGUCAUUUCCAGAAGAAGUGUAUACAAUUCCAGGUUUCUUGGUUCUCUGUCGCCUAGACUGUAAUAUAAAAGGCGAUGAACGUAAUAGAAACCGGAAAGAUUUUUUCGGUUAA